CCGAUAUCGCGAUCGAUUUAGACGCGACGUGCAGGGAACAGAAAAAGGAGAAGAAAAGCAAAGUCAGGAUCAGGAGGAGACCGUUCUGCCAUAAGUUUUGAUAUUGAUAUGAUAUCUUUUAUCACUGUAGCUCAAACAGGGGUGUUUUGCGGGAUGCAUGCUCAUGCGCAAUCCUGCCCCCCUUGUACCCAACCUCCUCAACACAGAAACCACGCUGCCCACCAACACCAACACCUCGACACCAACACCCCCUCUCCCCCCUCCUUCCUCAGUUCGACAUCGACCAGCAACACUUCCCGGUACUUUUUUCAGUUCGUACGACGUAGCGCUACUUCAGCUCACCCACUUUCCUUCUUUACACGCUUUCGAUCCUUUCAUUGUUCAGCCGCGCUGCGCACUUCAGUCACAGCUACUCUUCUUCGACUUUUCUUGUCUCGUCUAUCAAUUUGUCUUUCACUUUUCACGGCGCGGUCAACGGCAUCGCAAACUCGCACACGUAUACUUCUUGGACAUUUUUGCACGGCAUACAAUCGCAACUCUGAUCGAACGGCGUCUUCGAUCACUCAAGCUCAUACUUAAUCAUAACCACCAUACAACCGCAAAGCUUGCAACAAUGGACGCUGGCGGACUUUCCCAAGCUUAUCAUCAAGAUGGUCAACAAACGGCGCUCAACUCCCCCCGUGGACAGCUUCUCUCGGGGUUGCGCCGUGGACCCCGCGCGUCGGAGAACAGUUAUGUUCCGUCCGGUGCUGCCAACAUUCAGCAUAAUAAUCAAUACGCGACUCCGGUGAAGCAGCGUCCCGCGGCGGUUGAUAUCGGUCUUGCGAGGAGACUCGAGGAUAUGAGUAUCAAUACGCCCACGGGGGGACGGUAUGCGAAUAUGCCGCGUACCGCUGGGCUUCCGCCCAAAACUGCGCGUUCGUUGGGGAUACAGGCGCCUAAGACGCCGGUAAACGGCGGGUACCAGCAGCAGCAGCAGAUGUACAACGCGUACGGACAGCAGUUGCCGCCGUCCCCGGUCACCCCCGGCAUGCCUAAUCAAGGCAUGAAGCUCUACGAGCAACAACUCCAGCAGCUCCAGGCUUUGCAGCAGAAUCAGGCGCAGUUGAUGUAUUUGGCGCAACAACAACAGCGUCUCCAGCAGUUGCAGCAACAGGCUUUGCGCAACAGUGGUAGCCCGCUUUCGCCCUCCUACACAUUCGUCCCGGCUACGCCUGCUGCUGCCGCCGCUACUGGUGGUGCGUGCGCUGUGUAUGAUCCCGUUUCGAACAGUUACCAGUAUUUUUACCCGCAGCAGCAGGUGCAAGUUGGGGGAAACUCUUACUUGCCGUCGCCUGUGGCUACGCCUGAGGUUAAGAGGAGUGGUAGUGGGAAUGGGAAUGGGAAGUCGAGGUCGGUUACGCCGCCUUCUUCGUCUGCGGGGACGCAGUCGCAGUCGGUUCUGAGGAAGGGGCAUGGGAGGGGUGCGUCUGUGUCUGGCGCUGGAUUUGGACUUGGGCUUGGCCUUGGGAUCACUGGCGCAAAGGACCGUUCGCCUUCGCCUCCGACUGUGCAGAAGGAUAGCGGUGCGGGUAUGCCUGGUGCGAACAAGGAGGGAGCUCCGAUCCGUCAACCUCAUGGUCCUCCCAACUUUGAUGAGUUGAUGGGUGAGCAAGCCGGCAAGAACUUUGCGUCGAGGAUCAGGAAGAGGGCUGUUAAGAACUUUGGUGUCUUGGCUGCUGGUGUUGAAAGGAGGACUGGAUUGAGUCCAGCGUUGAGGCAGGGUGCCUUUGAGAAUAACUAGAGAAAGAGGAAGAGCAGGAAUCUUCCGUCCGUCUCUUGCAGUAUUGUAGUCAUUUUUGUCA